UCUAAUGACAUGACAGGUACUAUUUUGAAAUGAAGAAAUAAAAUACAAUUUCAAAAUCAAUUUCUAAAUUCUUGUAAUAGCAAAAUUUUUGUGAUAAAAAGAGGAGCGCAACAUUAUGAACGUGGCCGAAACAUUUGAUUUACAAUAUAAAAAGAAUAGUUUUUUCUUUACUUUCGUCCACAUAUGUCAUGAAAGUAAUUAUACGUUUUUAUCCAAUGAAUGUACAAUGAAGAGUGUAAUUGAAGCCCUUACUUUCUUCAUAUUGGCACAGAUUUGGUUGAUUUUGCUACAUUUUCAUGUACACUGAAAUUUUAGUGGGAAAUAUUGAGCAUUAGUACCAAAAUCAAAACUCAGGUCUAAUUACCAAUAAUUUCAUUAUGAUCUACCUUGAACGAUAAGUCUUCGAAAAAUGUCUAGUAAAUGCUAUCACAAUUGUGGUAGUACUGAUAUAUCAAAAUGUAUAUUCGGUUGUGAGACUUGUACAGCACAAGUUUUGAAACGAAACGGCCUGCAAGAUGAUACCUGUUGGUCGUAUUAUGGUCCACUACCAAAUUGCUGUUGCCAAACUUGUAAGCGACAAAUGGAUCUGUUAUGGCGUAGAAGAAAUUGUAUAAAUUUCCGGCAAUAUCGUGCUGUCUCUUUUAAAUGUAGACCAUCAUCCGAACCCCCUUGCAACAAUUAUCAACAGUUACCAGUAUGUAAGGGUGGUUGUCGAAUCUGUGGUACUUGCAUUCCUUGUUUAUUUCAACAAAAAUAUACUAUGGAUCAAUGUUGUCAAAAAUCGGACCGAAAUAUAUUAAAAGAAAGUAAAAGUGUCGGUAGUCUAAGCUUAACUUUAACACUAGAUUAUUCAACUAUAUCAACUUCAAGUGACGAUUUACGUCCCGGAGGAAAUAAACCCGUUGAUGAUUGUAUAUGUGAAGAUAAAAACGGCAGAAUUGCUAGGAGAGGUACAUCAACAUUAAAUAACCCAACAGCUUGUUCGAAAUGUGAAAUAUCUACAACGGAAACCAUUCAAUUCGUUCCUUGCGCUGAAUCUGAUUUAAAAUGUUCUUCGCUAUAUAAUCCCAAGUUUGAGAGGGUUACAAAUCGCAUAUCUUCCAAAAAACAUGUUCCCGAAAAGUGCAUUUGUAAAUCUGAAGAGAGUUUGAAGUAUGAAUGUCAUAUAAAUCAAGCGAAGUUUUCCAGCAAACAGAAAUCUUCUAGAAAGCAUAUUUGUGAACAUGUAUCUAGAAAACCCAUUUCUUUAUCAACAAGAAAAGUCGAAAAUAAACAUAUUAGAAGUUCAUCAUGUUCUAAUGCAGAUGCAAUGUCUAACAAUCAUCUAGUUAAUGCUGUACAUCCAGAAUCCAAUCAAAUACCAAGUCAAGACUUUCGCUAUCUGUGUACUUGUCAUAAAAAUCCUGUUUGUAAAUAUUAUGGUAAUAUUAGAAUGAUGUACAGACGAUAUAUGUGUCUAAGACCUAAUAGUGUAUGUCUUAAAUAUGUUAAUCCAUAUUUCAAAAUGCUCUGUCAUAAUUCAAAUUUAAGACCCUCCCAUGAACAAACUCAUGAAAGAGCAGAAAACAAUAAACCAGUUAUUAUACCUCAUUUAGAAUCUUUGAAACGGAAACAAACUAAAAGAAACGCAAAAUCUACUGGGAAACCAAUCAAAAACGUUAUAGGUAAUAUUGAAAUUACUGGAUGUCGAGAUAGAUUUGUACAAACUGUUUGUUUCAAUACAAAGUCCGUUUCAUCACAAUCUGUAAUGACCCCAAACACUGAAGCAGCCUCAAAGUUUGAACCGGAAAUGUUUGAAGAAGCUCCUUCGAAGACUAUUGAAAAAGGUUUAAAAUGUAUCAGUUGCAAAAUUGUUGAUUCAACCACUGUACAUAAACCUUUUGACUCCACUUGUAGCUGUAGUAAUUGCGGAGAUAAAAAUUCAUCUGAACAAUGUAUCUAUAAUAGAAAACUUGAUGAAGGAAAUUUCAGUAUAGAAGAUACUAUCAUUGAAAGGCCAUCAAUUCAAGAGGAAGAUUCGAAAGCACAACUUUCAUCGCAAGAUGUAUGUACCUGUACAAAAAAUGGAUAUGAGUGUACUGAGUCCUUCGGCACAGUUCACAAACCUUUUGAUUCUAGUUGUUGUUGUAGUAAUUGCGGAGAUAAAAAUUCAUCUGAACAAUGUAUCUAUAAUAGAAAACUUGAUGAAGGAAAUUUCAGUAUAGAAGAUACUAUCAUUGAAAGACCAUCAAUUCAAGAGGAAGAUUCGAAAGCACAACUUUCAUCGCAAGAUGUAUGUACCUGUACAAAAAAUGGAUAUGAGUGUACUGAGUCCUUCAGCACAGUUCACAAACCUUUUGAUUCUAGUUGUUGUUGUAGUAAUUGCGGAGAUAAAAAUUCAUCUGAACAAUGUAUCUAUAAUAGAAAACUUGAUGAAGGAAAUUUCAGUAUAAAAGAUACUAUCAUUGAAAGACCAUCAAUUGAAGAGGAAGAUUCCAAAGCACAACUUUCAUCGCAAGAUGUAUGUACCUGUACAAAAAAUGGAUAUGAGUGUACUGAGUCCUUCAGCACAGUUCACAAACCUUUUGAUUCUAGUUGUGGUUGUAAUAGUGAUUGCGGGGAUACAAAUUCAUCUGUACAAUGUAUUUAUAACAAAAAACUUGAUAAAGGAAAAUGCAGUUUAGAAGAUAGCAGAAUUGAAAAACCAUCAUAUCUAGAGGACGAUUCAGAACCACAAUUUCCACUGCAAAAUGUAUGUACCUGCGAAAAAAUUGAAUGCGAUUGUACUGAGCCCACAAAAAAUAACGAAAUUAUAUUACAUGAUAUGACGAAAGUUGAAUAUGAAAACUUGUAUACAUAUAGUUCUGAGAAAAUAGGAAUAUCUAAAUGCCCUACACCAGUUUGUAAAAUAGUGAUUGAUUUUAAAAGGAGUAAAACGAAAUAUAUAAAAACUGAAACAUUAAAUCUAUACGAUACCAAAGAAAGUGUAUUAAAUUGUAGUUGUGAGACUAUCAAUUAGCUAUUAAAGACAUUCAGUAUUUGCAAACUAGGUUUUUGUUAGACUUUCAUUAGAUAUUAGAAUAAAAUAUGCUUUCAUCGAUUCAA